CAAUAACCCAUGGGUUUGCUUCCAGCGCUACCCCGUGGCUAUCCGAUUCAUGACGAGCAGCCCCAUCCAACAACCACCUAAAUCCAGAUUCAGCACCAAAUCCCACCUCCACUCCUACCAUCCCCUCCAAAUCCUUGAAGAUGCGAGCGUCGCGCGUUUCCGCGAACAAUCCUUCACCCCAGAGCUCCCCACCAUCCUCCCACGAGCGCACUUUCAGAACCUCCCAGCCUUCGAGCGCUGGUUCCAUCCAAACACCUCCCGGCUGAACACGACCUAUCUAGAACAACACGGCGCAGACGCAUUCGUGCCGCUAGAACUCACACAACCGCCCACACAAUCCGAUGCUGCCUCCGAACCCAGCUUCCGGCACUUCCACGCGCCCCUAAGCCUCUUCCUCCAAUGGAUCCGCGCCGCAGAAACCGAACCACAAGCGUCGCAGCUCUACCUCGCUCAAUGCCAGCUUCUCGAUCUACCUGCCGUCUUGCGCGACGACUUCCCGACCCCUGAGCUGGUAGCCCAGGCGGGGAGGGGCGACGUGUACGAUACGAACGUGUGGAUCGGAUACCCGCCUACGUAUACGCCUCUCCACCGCGAUCCGAAUCCCAAUCUGUUUGUGCAGCUUGCUGGGCAGAAGGUGGUGCGGUUGUUGGCGCCUGAUGAUGGACAGGCUGUGUUUGCGUCUGUUAGGAGGCAGCUGGGACAGCGUGCGGACCGGGGGGCGGCUGCUUUUAGAGGCGAGGAGAUGAUGCAGGGCCGGGAGAGGGCUUUGUUGGAACGGGCUGUCUGGGGAGAUGAUGGGGAUGCUUCUCUGCCGGCUCAUGGGUAUGAGGCGCGUUUGGACGCUGGGGAUGGCUUGUUUAUUCCUAGUGGCUGGUGGCAUAGUAUCAAGGGUGUUGGGGAGGGUGUGACUGCUUCGGUCAAUUGGUGGUUCCGGUAG